CAGAUGUAUUUCAAUGCAAAGGAUGAGCUCAUAACCAUCGUCCCCAGCUUUUCGCUGCCCACCGAGAAUUGCACCUGCCUCUGCAUCAGCGGCGAGUGGGGCCCCUUCCACCCCAACCGCGAGUGCCAGGUGCCGCUGUGGCUGGCGCACACGCUGUGGAAGCGCAAGCGGUGCGCCAUCAAGGCGCCGGCGUGGAUGGGCGUGGAGCACCUGGACGCGGUGCUGGGCCUGGAGCGGCAGGACGCCUCCGCCUUCCAGCCGCUGCCCUUCCACUACAUAGAGGUCGCCCACUUCCUCUUCACCUCGGGAACAGACGGCAACCUGCCGCAGGAGGUGAAGGACCUGGUGGAGCUGGUGCAGAAGGCGCGGUGGAACAAGAUCAUGGCGGGGCUGGCCACGCUGCAGGGGGCCAUCACCGUCAAGCUCAACAACCUGGCGGCCAUGGAGAUCAACGCGGUGCGCCCCUUCUUCCUGGGCUCCCUGGACAUGUUCUUCUGCUACCAGCGCAUGGAG